AUGCCACUGAAAAUUGUCGUUGUCGGUGCUGGUCUUGGGGGUUUGGGUGCUGCCAUAGCACUGAAUCGUCAAGGGCACAAUGUCACAGUUAUUGAAAAGUCUGGCUUUCUCAAUGAGGUCGGCGCUGCCAUCACCGUAGCCCCGAAUGCCACUCGUAUUCUGAAACGGUGGGGAUGUAAUCUGGACUGGCUAUACCCUAUCCACUGCGAGAAACUGCAGGUCUGGGACAAGAAUGGCAAGCCUCUGCGGACUCCCGUUGUCACUGAAAAGCACCGGAAGGCUUUGAAUGUGCAGGAAGAGUGGCUUCUCACUCACCGGGUGGACUUGCACAACGCUCUACGAUGUACUGCCGCCCAGGUAAUUGACGACAGAAAGGUGGAUAUACGGCUGUCCUCACAGGUCUUAUCAGUGGAUGUGGGAAAGGGCGAAGUCGUGCUUGAGGAUGGAAGCAAGUACGUUGGUGACCUUGUCGUCGGUGCCGAUGGUGUCCACUCUCGCUGCGUGGAUGCCAUAGCGGGAGAAAGGAGAGAGACUGUAAAGACUGGUCAAAGUUGCUUCCGAUUCCUGGUGCCCAUUGAAAAGAUGCAAGAGAAUCCACUCACGUCCAGUAUGCUUGAAAGGAUUGGGCUCAAUGGCAUUCAUGUUUUCACCACAGAGGACCGCCGCCUGGUGGUUUAUCCCUCCCGCGGGGGACUUUUACUCAAUUGCGCCGGCAUCUACCCGCCUACUUCAGCGGAGGAGAGUGGAGAGAAUAAUCUGUGGCAUAAUACAGGCAGCGUGAGUCAGUUGGUCAAAACCUUCCGCGGUUUUGGCGAAGACCUGCUCGAGAUGUGUGGAAUGGCCGAGGAUGUCAAGCUUUGGAGUUUGGCAUCCCGAGACCCAACGCCUACAUUUGUGAAGGGCAAGCUUGCUUUGAUAGGCGAUGCAGCUCAUCCAAUGCUUCCACACCAGGGUCAAGGCGCUGCGCAAGCUUUUGAAGAUGCAGCCGCCCUGGCGGGAGUGUUGACGGCGGACACAACCCCAGAACAGUUGUCGCAGCGCCUUGAGAUGUACAACAAACUUCGGUAUUCGCAUUCGGUAACAGUGAUGAUAAUGUCACGUACAAACGAGGAACGGCGGGCUGAAAUGCUGGAUGAGCUGCGGCGGUUUAUCCCUGAUGCCGAGCUACCUAAAGACAUGUUUGCCUUUACGUGGCCCUCCGAUCCGAUGACAGAGGCAGCGCAGCUCGUGGCAAGUGACUGA